UGAGCGGCUCUCAAACUUCAGUGUCGAGCCUGAAAGCGGAGGACGAAGAUCCGACAAAUCAGCCGCAGCAAACGCCGCAAACAGCCGCUUUUACAUCAGAGUUUGGCGCUUUGAGGAUUUAUACUCAGCUCUUGGUGAUUGAUUGUUCAUCUUUUUUUUUCUUUUUUUUUUUUGAAGUUUCCGACUGUCACGUUUUUGGUGUUGGAUCUUUAUCUCCGACCGUCCGUAGGAGUGAUCGUUUUAAAUCACGGGCAAAUAAUUGAACAGUUUCCUUUUUCUGGAGUGAUUUUCUCACACGGGCUGUAACGGGGUCCGGGCUUAAUUUCGCUCCGAUUCGACAUGGGGAAAUAACGGCGGUCUGUCUGUAUUCAGCCCCGUGUGUUUUCUUAUUUCAUUUUAUUUUUCAUGGUCGCUACUGAAAGGCUAAGGAGCUCCGUUUUUUGUCCACAAUAAUGAGCAUGGACGGUUGUCCGCUGAAGGUGGUGAUCUUUCUGUGGUGUCUGCUGGUGAUUUCUGGCUCCAGCUUUGAGAUCGGCUCCUACGACCUGGAGCGAGGCAGACCGGCCAAGUGCGAGCCUAUCUCGAUCCCCAUGUGCGAGGGGAUCGGCUACAACCUGACCCGGAUGCCAAACUUCAUGGACCACGACGACCAGAAAGAGGCUGCCAUCAAGCUUCAGGAGUUUGCCCCGCUUGUGGCAUACGGCUGCGACGUGCACCUCCGCUUCUUCCUCUGCUCCCUCUACGCCCCCAUGUGCACGGACAAAGUGUCGACCUCCAUCCCAGCCUGCAGACCCAUGUGUGAGCAGGCUAGAGAGAGGUGUGCUCCCAUCAUGAAGACCUUCAGCUACACCUGGCCAGACUCACUGGACUGCUCCAAGUUGCCCACCAGAAAUGACCCUAAUGCUCUGUGCAUGGAGGCCCCUGAGAAUGAAACCAGGACUGAGGGAAAGAAAGGCGAAGGUAUGCUUCCGGUGCCCCCUCGCCCCAGGCCACCGGGCGCCAGCGGCGGCCAUGCUCCAGGCAGCGUGGGCUCCUGCGAGAACCCUGACAAGUUCCAGUUUGUGGAGAAGAGCCAGUCCUGUGCUCCACGCUGCUCCCCUGCUGUGGACGUCUUCUGGUCUAGACAGGACAAGGACUUUGCCUUCAUUUGGAUGACUGUCUGGUCCAUCCUGUGCUUCGUCUCCACUGCCUUCACGGUCCUCACCUUCCUCCUGGAGCCUCACCGCUUCCAGUACCCCGAGCGCCCCAUAAUUUUCCUCUCCAUGUGCUACAAUGUCUACUCCGUGGCCUUCAUCAUCCGCUCAGUGGCUGGGGCUGAGAACAUCGCCUGCGACCGCGAGAACGGUGAGCUGUACAUCAUUCAGGAGGGACUGGAGUCCACAGGUUGUACCAUUGUCUUCCUCAUCCUCUACUACUUUGGCAUGGCCUCUUCUAUCUGGUGGGUCAUCCUCACCCUCACCUGGUUCCUGGCUGCAGGGAAGAAGUGGGGCCACGAGGCUAUUGAAGCCCACAGCAACUACUUCCACAUGGCUGCUUGGGGAAUCCCCGCUCUCAAGACUAUCAUCAUCCUGACAAUGAGGAAGGUGGCUGGAGAUGAGCUGACGGGUCUGUGCUAUGUUGGGAGCAUGGACUCGGGGGCACUCACCGGGUUCGUCCUCAUCCCUCUGUCCUGCUACCUGAUUAUCGGCACCUCCUUCAUCCUCACAGGCUUUGUGGCUCUCUUCCACAUCCGCAAGGUGAUGAAGACGGAGGGCACCAACACAGAGAAGCUGGAGAAGCUCAUGGUGAAAAUCGGCAUCUAUUCCAUCCUCUACACGGUGCCAGCCACCUGCGUCAUCGUCUGCUACUUCUACGAGAGGCUCAACAUGGACUACUGGAAGCUGAGGGGGCUGCAGAUGAAGUGCGGUUCUUUUAACGGCCACAGCAGUGACUGCUCACUGCAGGCGUCCGUACCCACGGUGGCUGUGUUCAUGCUGAAGAUCUUUAUGUCGCUGGUGGUUGGCAUCACCAGCGGCGUGUGGGUGUGGAGCUCUAAGACCCUGCAGACCUGGCAGGGCCUGUGCAGCAGGAAGCUGGCGGACAGGACUAGUAGUAGGAAACCCUGCAGUGGCGUCAGCUGCGGCAGCACACACUGUCACUACAAAUCUCCUGCUGUGGUUCUGCACAUGGCCAAGACUGACCUGCACUCAGACAACCCCACACAUGUCUGAGAGGGAACGCGCACACACAUCAACACACACACACACAUGCCCUGUGUAAGGAGCUGCUAAAAGACUUUAUAAGAAGAUGUCGAAUUGAACUGUCAGUUACUUCUUUGCUGCUGCCAAGGGACACACAGGUACAGGCUUCACUAAGAGAAUCUAUCUAUAAACAGUAUUCAGUGCAUAAAGGGAAAUGUUCAGUAUUGUUACCCAUAUGUUCCUAUUCGUAAUGUUCUGUGCAGUAGACAUGCCCAGUGUUGCAAAGCAACAAAAAAAAAAAAAAGGACUGUUAAUGGGAAGGAAUAUGGUAAAUAUCACUCUGUUUUCCUCCUUGAGAGUGGCAUGAAUGACUGUAUAAAUCUGUAUAAAUGUUUUAUUUAUUGUAAAUAUAUUUAAUUUAAAGUUCACCUUGGCUCUUACAGGAUUUGUUGUUUAGAUACAUUUAUUAAAGGCCAAGGGAAAAUUAAGUGCCUUUUAUAAGAGUUUUGGUUCUGGCCGUUUGGAGGACAAUAAAUUUGUGGAAUUCAUGUUCAACCUGA